CUGCGUCAGCAUGGUCGCGUCGGACAAAGCGCUGAAGGAGCAACCUCCGGUGGAAAACUUCCCGUGGUCAUUGCACGACACCUACCACGAAGCCGUUCGUCCGUUUCUCAUCAUCGGACAAAUAUUCGGAAUGUUUCCGGUAACGGGAAUUUUCAACCGCAAUCCGUGCAAGGUUCAUCUGGAAUGGAUUUCGGUGCGCGUAGUGUUGAAUCUGGUGAUCUUUGGGGCCGCUCUGGUCAACGCCGUUGCUGAAUUUCUGCGGUUACGGCAGGUUGGCGCGAAUGCCAAGAAUAUAAACGGGUUGGUGUUCUACAUUGACUGUGGUACCAUAAGUGUCCUGUUUUUGAAAAUGGCGACCAGCUGGAACCAGGUUGCCGUCAAGUGGGCCCAUGUGGAGAGGAUUUUCCUCGAAGAGACGUAUCGGGUGGAGUCCUGGUGGACGAUGAAGCGGAAGAUUCGAAUAGUUGCCGGAAUGUUGCUGCUCGGUGCCGUUGCCGAACAUUUGCUAUCAAUCGUCAAUUUAGCAAACGACCACCGUUUUGAGGCAAUCAAUUGCGGUUGGCAACAUAACAUUACGGAUGCAUUUCGCCACUUUGCUUUGCGGAAAUUUUCCAAUAUUUAUAUACAUUUCCCAUACAGUACAGCAUCUGCUGUUUUCUUUUUGUAUGUUUCCUUCGCCUUAACGCUCUCCUGGAAUUACAUGGACAUUUUCAUCAUCCUGCUCAGCGUGGCAAUUGCGUCUCGGUUCAACCAGAUCAACGCGUACCUGGAAACGCUGGCCGCCGGAGGAGUCCUGGUCCCGAACGAACCUUUCUGGAUCCGCGUCCGGAUCCAUUACGUGGCCCUUUGCGAGCUGCUCGCCAAGGUCGACCGGACCAUGUCCUGGCUCAUGCUGGUGUCUUGCGCCACCAAUUUGUACUUUAUCUGCCUGCAAACACUGAACGUGAUUUCACAGAAGCAUCCCCACGUGAUGAACGACUUGUACUACGGCUACUCGCUGUUUUUCCUCAUCGUCAGAACGGUUACGAUGUUCCUGUGUGCGGCCCGCAUCCACGAGGCCGCCAAGAAGCCGCUGGAUAUCGUGUCCAAAAUUCCCAACACUGGCUGGUGCGUUGAGCUGGACCGCUUUUCCACCCAGCUGAAAAGCGAAACAGUCGCACUUUCCGGAAUGGGGUUUUUCCACAUUACCCGUCAGCUGCUGUUUUCGAUGGCGGGAACGAUUGUGACGUACGAGCUGGUGAUGCUCAAGUUCGACAGGGAAUCCGAAGGCAAGGGGUACAUCCCGCCCUGCUCGAUGUUCGACAUCGAGAGGCAGUGGCUGCCGUCGCAUUGAUUUUGAUUGAUGUUGUUCAAUAAAAAAAAAUAAAAAAAAACGUUUCAUCCAAUAUGGUGGGGUAGGAAUUUUCCAA